CCGUGAAUCCUUACGUUCGCAGAAUUGGACCACGGAGCAGCAUCAGUACAUACCAUACCUUCAUCGCUUUGGGCUAUGUGCGUGUGCCUUGGGGGGCUGGCGAUGCAGGAGCGGUAUUUGGUUGCUGCAACGUGUACCUUCCUCGGUGCGCUGAUCAUGCGGACGGGGAGCAGUGACGCGCUGAGUGAGGAAAACGCGGCACUAAUUGGGACGCACGGUCGGCGGAUCAUGCAUCCGCUGCUCGAGGGCUUUGCGGGGUAGCACCACGCAAUCUAACAGUGAACUUCUUCGAGGUGUCGAGUGCGAUUGUUACUAAGCAUCCGGCGGAGACGAGAGUGUGAAUGGUGAGAUUUGUUCACUGAUGAUUUUGUGGACUCCAAGGCGAGUCAGGAGGCGAAGCGCGCAUUUGUCAAGGCUGUUGUUGGGUGCGCACUGUCCGAAGUGGACGAAGAGGUCGCACAGCAGUUUGAUACACUCUCGCUCGAACCCCGCUCCUCACCGAUUGCGGCGCCCUCUCCCUCUCGCCCUGACGCCUUAGGCAGCCCGAUCAUCACCAAGGACCUUCUCUUACGCUGCCCGACUGCAGGUAUAAACCGGUAUCUCGCGUUUAGCAAGCUCACACCCUCCCCCAAAGCACCCGUCAUGGUAUCCUGUUUGCGUCAACGUGUACUGAUGUAUAUCUGGUUCUCCCAGUACUGCCCUGUGCGCAGGCGUUUUGAAACCCGUACAAUGAUUCAGGUACGCCUUUUUCUUGCAGGUUUAUACCUUUCAGCGGCAUUGGAGCUUAAAUAUGAAAUGGUACGCACUUUUCUACGUAUCUGCGUUUGAUUCACUUUCCCUACGCACAUCUGUUUGUGUCGAAUCCUUUGUUUGACAUUUUGAUAUGAUGGGAAUUCCCUUUUGGAUCUCGCCUGCGGUGCUCAUCCCAAACAAAUACCGAACGUGUAGAACACUAUGUACGG